AUGGAAAGAGUCAGGACGAGGAAAUGGACGGCCGAGAACAAUCGAAAACGUUCAAUGAAACAAGAUGAAACCCAUCCGUUGCCUUUUAUACCUCGUGAACUGAUAGUAGAGAUACUCGUGAGAGUUCCAGCAAGAUCAAUAGCCAGGUUCAUCUGCGUUUCAAAACUCUGGUCAUCCAUAGUCCGCAGCCAAGAUUUUACCAAGUCGUACCAGCUGCUGAUGAUGACUCGACGAUCUGAUCCGACUCGCCCGCGUCUUCUUUUCUCACUCUUGUGUCACUCCGUGAAGACGCAGCAAUUAUUCUUAUCCCAGCAAGAUCCAUCUUCUAAUCAUCAAAGGGUAAACAUAUGUAUGCGUCCUCCGACUCCUUUGUCGUAUGAAUUUUUUACACCCGUCCACGGCUUGAUCUGCUGUCAGUAUGAUGGUAAUAAAGUGAUGAUUGGGAAUCCUAGCACGGGACAGUUCUUACCUUUACCAAGAAUCAACUCUAGGACUAGGAGAAGACAUAUAUUCUCCUUUUUUGGAUAUGAUCCCGUGAACGAUGUUUACAAAGUGUUGUGUAUGACGGUAGUACAAGGUGGUCCUCUAACGCCUUGGUCAGGAUACAUGUCCCAGGAGCAUCAAGUUUUCACUCUAGGAGCUAACCAAGAAUGGAGAAGUAUCGAAUGUAAACAUCCUCAUCUUCCUUUUCCUGAUACUCGAGGGAUAUGCAUAAAUGGGGUUGUUUAUUAUCAUGCUUGGAUCAGAAGUAAAAGAUUUUUGAUAUCCUUUGAUCUGAUAUCUGAAGAGUUUAAUGUCAUUAAGCCACCAGCUGACGACGGUGGGUUCCAAAACCUAGUGAACUACAACGGAAAGUUAGCUUUAGCUUACAGGCAUGUUAACAAUACAGUAGUUCACCUGUGGGUUCUGGAAGAUGCCUGCAGCGAAACAAAAUGGUAUAGAUCUUUUGUCGCGUGUCUUUCUAGUUCUUGGCGAGAAUUAGCUGGGAAGGUUGACUUCGAGCUCAGGGGUAUUCUUAGUACCGGCGAGCUUAUAUUUGCACCCCUCAGUCCCAUUAACCCGGUCCAUUUGAUCAGUUUUGAUCCCAAAAGAAACUUUGCCAAAAAAAUUGUGGUUGAAGGACUUGGAGAUAACGUUUCUUCUUUCAAAGUUUAUUUGGAUCAUGUAGAGAGUCCUAUGUUUCUCUUCUGUUAA